CCCUGGUGGUCCGUCACAACAGACGCAAAUGCUGCUGGGUGAACCGACAUGAUGGUGGACUGCAUCUAUAAGCCACUUUUAAAGGACGACGGAGUUAGUCAGAGACAUGUUUCUAUCUGAAGGCCCUCUAUUUGUGCUGUGGGGUUGCCAAGUGAUGCCGCACUGAAAGAGAAGCAGGAUAAAGACGUUCCCCAGCUUGAAAACGGUUAGUUUUUCUUUGGGAUCAUUUCUGAAAACAUGGCAAUGUCCCUAAACCAAGCCUGCCGGAGUCUAGCCCUGUCUACAUGGCUGCUGUCGUUUUGCUUCGUGCAUUUGUUGUGUCUGGACUUCACAGUGGCAGAGAAAGAGGAAUGGUACACUGCCUUCGUCAACAUCACUUACCUGGAUCCAGUGACAUCCGAAAUAAAGACAGACAAGAGUGAAUGUGGGAGAUAUGGGGAGCACUCUCCUAAAAGAGACGCCAGGGGUUUUGUGUUCAUGCCAUCACUUCUGCAGGACAGACAGGCAUGUGACAGUAGCACUAAAUUCUCCCUUCCCCAUCCCAACAUCCCAUGGAUAGCACUGAUAGCCAGAGGAAACUGUACCUACAGGGAGAAGAUCAGACAUGCUGCGGCUCUCAAUGCAUCAGCUGUGGUCAUCUUCAAUGUGGGCUCCAGCAACUCCAAUGACACCAUUACCAUGCCACAUCACGGUACCGGCGACGUGGUGGCUAUCAUGAUUCCCGAGCCCAAAGGUCGUGAGAUCGUGGCCCUGUUGGAGAAGAACAUAACCGUGGCCAUGCACAUCACCAUCGGCACGCGGAACCUGCAGAAGUACGUCAGCCGCACCUCAGUGGUGUUCGUCUCCAUCUCCUUCAUCGUCCUGAUGAUCAUCUCUCUCGCCUGGCUGGUCUUCUACUACAUCCAGAGGUUCCGCUACGCCAACGCACGAGACCGCAACCAGAGGCGAUUGGGUGACGCUGCAAAAAAGGCCAUAAGCAAGUUACAAGUACGGACCAUCAGGAAGGGUGACAAGGAAACUGAGUCGGACUUUGACAACUGCGCAGUGUGCAUCGAAGACUACAAACCUAAUGACGUCGUCAGGAUUCUGCCGUGUCGUCAUGUCUUCCAUAAGAACUGUGUGGACCCUUGGCUACAGGACCACAGAACCUGUCCCAUGUGCAAAAUGAACAUCCUUAAAGCCCUGGGCAUCCCGCCCAAUACAGACUGUUCUGAUGACAUCCCUCCUGAUUAUGAGAUGUCCGUCAGCGGCCCUCCCACCAAUCCUGUGACGGGGGCGAGUGAGGUGUCAGUGGGUGAGAGCUCGGUAGUCCUGGACCCAGCUGUCAGAACAAUAGGCCAGUCACACAUUUACCACGAGAUGGACUCCUUCCCACCGGCCGGAGAGAGCAACCACAUCGCCAGCAGUGAGCACCAGCCCUCCAUGAGCAAUGAUUCAGACACCUCACUCAUCAUGCCAGUGGAGCUCGUCCUGUCAGACGUAGAACUUCAGUCUGAUCCAGAACAGGACGAUGUGAAGUCCUGAAGAUUACUGAAUGACUCUCGGUGCCAUAAAUGGAGCAGGACUGCAGCAGGACAAUAAAAGAGCAUGAGUAAUAGCAGCACAGGUGUGCAACCUCCUUUUUUGACCUCAUGGUCUCCGUCACCGCAGCUUGCUUGUCCUCUUCCUCUGGCUUUAUCAACCUCAAUUUCAUGCCGUCUUCUGUCCCGAGCUUGUGUUACCAGACUGGAAAAGCCACCUGGUCCUACGAGGGAUGUUUUCGCUUUUAUUCGGGAAAAUUUUGACUGUUUCAACUUCCCUAUGGGAUCACUGCCAGUACACACCGGAAUAUUCUAAAAUGAAUAGAUGUAACGUAGACGUAACGUACAUUUGCUUUGAGUGUCUAAAGCGGUUUGCGUGUGCUCUAACCAGCGUGAAGUGAAGUAUCGUGAAGUAGCGUGAUACUUUGUGAAGUAUCACCAGUGCUUAUCGUAUACAGGACACUAUUUUUGCAUCUUCUGAAAUGUGAUGUGUCAAAUCACACUACAGCGACAAGAUCUUCUCUAUGAAGUAGAACCCAGCUCAUGAUAUGGUGAGUGUUUUAGCAGCCGUAUCCAGAGACAGUGUGUCAAGGCAGUACUUGUGAAUCAUAAUGCCACAAAAGCAGUUAAAGUACAUGCUUUCCACUAAUUUUGUCUUGACAAAGUGUUGUAAUGUAUUCCACUAGGGUUUCAGGCUCCGUGCACACUGCUAAAUUAAGUGUCACUCCGGUUUGGAGUGCUUAAACCUGCUUUGUACUCACUCCUGUAAUUUGUUAAUUACAGGAGUGACAAUUGCAUUCUUACAACCAAAAUUCAGGUAGUAACGAUUAUAUUUUCAUGUCAUGUUGCAAUUAGCUUGGAAACUAAUUAAUUACAACAUCAGAAAUAACUAAAGGCCCAUUCACACCAACUAUUAGUGAUGCGCAGAUUUUUUUUUACCAAAAUUAACACAGAAAUUUAAAGUUUUCAUUUUGAUCAAACUUUAAAUAAAGUUUAUUUAUCUACUCCAAUUCAUUGUUGAAAUAUAAACAUUUAGAGAAACGGUGACUGUAAUAACUUGUUGUCAUGACAGAUUUAUUCAAGCAUACAUUAAAUAAAGACAACAGGAAAUAUAAUGAAUGCAUGUAAUAUAAUGAAUGCAAUAUAGUGCAUAUAUUUAGCAAAAAUAGGUAUUUUUCCUAGCUAACUACUGAAUUAUGGACAUUAAAUGGCUUUCCUGAGGUAAAUGUAACAUUUGGAGACAUAUUGUUUACAAGCUGUUUUAUUGACAUCUUUCUGCGUUUGAAACACUGAUUUAGUGAUCACAUGAUACACUUCAGUAAGUUGUACUGAUUGACAGAAAUUGAAAGCUGAAUUUCUUUCCUAUUAAAAGUUACAAAGCACAAAGCUUAUUGCGAUAACUGGAAGAGAGGCGAGGUACAAAUAAAAUUCAGUGAAGUUUUGUUCAUGCAUCAAAUGAAAACAGCAUAGAAGAAAUCGAUAUGGUCAGCCAGGAACUAGCGUCCACAUAGCUGUUUAUUUGUCAAAACACACCGUCAGAGAGGCAAAAAUUAAAUGUCACCAUUUGGGCCCUCCAAAAUUGUUUUGGGCGAAAACGAAUAUUCAUAUUCAUCCGAUCAAAUGCCAAACAUUUUGCCGCAUCACUACAUAACAUUUUAAAUAACCAUGCUAAAAGAUUUCGUGUUCAAACUUGGCAUCAUCAAGCAGCGCCUUUGUUUUGAAUAGGCCUCUAGCGACCUCUAGCGGACAGAAAAUAUUACAUAUUGCACCUUUAACCUAUUUAUUGAAUUGUUGUAUAAAAUUAACAUCGCAUUUGCAAGCGUGCUGAUAUUCAGGAAAACAGCACUUUUGCUUGUGUGAUAUUAUAAAUGUUAAAAACAAGAACUUAAAUGAAGACUUUUUUGCACCAUAUCUUGGAUUAUGGGGAAAUUUUAUUACUUUUGGUGGCAUUUUUUGCCCCAAACGCUGUUAAUUUCCGACCCUGGUGUGUGUGCGCUGCGUAAUGAUGGGGAGCAGGGCCCUUUUUCAAGUGCAAGUGGAGGCCCCUUUCAAGGGAAAUGGGUGAAACGUACAGUAGCAAAGGCCACUGCCGGAAUGCAGUAAACUAGUAUUUCAUUGUGAACGCAAUCUGAGUCAACCAUCAUGAGGAGCGAUUCACUCCCACAAUAAAUUAAAUGCAGUUGUCACUCCCUAACCAGUGCAGUGUGCUGCUGAGUUAACGUCUUCAGAAGCUUUUAUUUUUAAAAAAGUUAGUCCCGGUUAAAUGUGAAGUGUGUAAUUUCUGCUAAACCUGAACGGCUGAAUUGGACCGAACGGCUCAACCAGGGACGUGAACUGCCUGUUUCUCCAAAAACUUGUUCUUUUUCAUUAUUUUUGCUAUUUUGUUUGGUUACUGCAGAAAUUGCAGGCGUAACUUUCAUUCGGCAGCAGUAAAAGCGCUUUGCUCAAAUUGAAGCUGCUCACAAUACUUUCGCAGAAGGAUAGUACACUACUGACGAGCCUGUUUUAAACGACCGUUUCUUUUUAUCACGCACAGUAGGAAAGUGAAAGACUAUUGAAUGGAUAUUUUGAUAUCAAAGGGUUUAUUUUUCUAAAAAAGACAAAAGAAAAAACAAAAGGACACAUGGAGAUACACAUUGCUGAAUCACCCCCUUUUAAAUAUUUAUGUUUUAUUAUUAUUAUAAUUAUUAUUUUACUAAAUAGUUUUAACUUAUAUACAGUAUAUUAAUAUUGUGAUCAAGUAGCCUGUUAAUGUUGGAUACAGACUGGCUGUUUACAGUGUGUCUGUGUAUCUGCCAACUUCAAAGAGGUCUGUUGUUUAUUAUUUUAAUUAUUAAAACAAUAAUGAUAUUAAUAUGAAUUCUUAUUAAUUUUAUUAGGUAUAAAGGCAUUUGUACUGACGUUUAAAUAUUUUUCUCAAUGAGAUACUUCCCCAGUUAAACACGCUCAUACCCAGAAUGCACUACUGCAGUCGGAUGGACUGAUGAAUGUUCAGCACACUAAACCAAAGCUUCAGCAUAUACUGUAUGUCUGCAUAUGUUUCUGAUGUUAGGACAGGUGGAUAUGGUGUGUGUUCACAUGUGUCCUGCACUAUUGUAAUGAAUGAUCACGAAGGAGGUAAACGUGCGCAGACGGACUGAACUGGGAGCAGUCGUAGAGCUGGGGUCUGUGAUCCUGAUAUUCAUAUUCAGUAAUAUUUAACAUAAAGGCUUGUGCAGUGUUAUGUGCAUCUGUCGGCCAAAAAGCACAUGAGAUUUCCCUGAGAUCUGCAGAUUUAUUUUAUUGUAUCUUUAGACUGGCAUGAAUAAAACUGUUGUUUAGAGGAAUUUUAUAAGAUUAGACGAUUACGCACUAAUGAUUUGGUGCUUAUUUAAUCAUUGUAACACAUUUCUUGUGGCACAAACAAUAUGACCGUGUGUUUUCUUUCUAUGAUAUCUGUGGUUGAAGUCGUCUGUCUAGGAAUCAUUUUGUGUGUCCAUUAAAGCAGUCAUAUCAUGCAUUUUGUUGUUUAUUUUUUCCCCUUAGGGAAUUAAUUUACAAUAUUUGUGUCCUGUGCCUUUAUAUGGAAGAUUGUUUUAACCAUGAAAUAAAAAAAAUAAAAAAGGUAAUUGCGA